ACGACUAUCAGUACUAUAUUCCCCAGCACCCUCAACAUCACCACCCUCACAGCCCACAACAACCACUCCGUGCUCGAAUGCUGGGCCCUCCAACCGGGCUAUUCUCUCACCUCCGAGGCCGGGGUCUCCGGCAACGCCGUCCUCAACCUCGGCCGCAUCACCGGCAACGCAACCAACAUCCUCAUCCCCGCCCACUAUGACGGCGGCCAACACAAUGCGCCCGCGCUGCAAUGGGUGCUUUUCCUCUCCGGAAUAGCGCAUAUCACGCUCCCGACCUCCGCGGAUGAGGCGUGGGUGACCGGGGGCAAGAACGGGGCGAUCCUGGCGCUAGAUACUAAAGAGGUGAGCGCGGAGGGCCAUGCGACGACGUAUCCAUCCGGCGAGAUGACGGUGGCGGUGGAGGUGCCCUUGUCGGAGGUGCCGGCGCAUCGGGUGGUGCAUUCGGGGGCUUGUGAG